GCCAGGAGUUAAGAGUAAUGGAAAGAAACCAAUAAAAUGAACACAGCAGUCACCAUAACUAUUUCUUCAGCUCAGAAAAAGAAACCCAGUGCUUUUGGCAGUGUGGAAAUCUUGCUAAUUUGUCCUGUUUUAUUUCUUAUCCAUAUCCCACAAAGAAUGGGGGGAACACUUAAAAUUAUGUAAUGGCGCAAUAAUGCUGAAAUAUUUUAGGCUGGCAGCUUUGAAGGACUGUGAGGGAGCUGUGCUGACAUCCUCUUCCAGCUGCUGUCAGACUCAGACCCUGAUUUCUUGAGGUGCCUUAGAAAGCCUUGAGGUUUCAGCUGAGAAAAGCAGCUCUGCACAACCAAGCACUUAAGCAAACACUUCAGGCAAAUGAUGAACUGAACUCCCACAGCUAUAAAUCACAUCCAUGAUUCCCAAAUGAGGAACCUGAGUCUGCCCUCAGCAGUCCCUGUAGCAGACGGUCACAAAGUACACGAAGUCAGAAUUCUCCACAGCUAUCCCUGGCAGACCUUUGGUUCACAUCCUAAUGUAGUUAAUAUUUUUGCAGCAAAACAGCUGUGAGGCAUCAUGUUGUGUUUGUUUUCAUUAACUCCUCCCCAGUGGGCUUAUAUAUUUGUAUUUCCUUGUUUACAUAUUUGUAGUGUCCCUAGGGGGAUACACACACUACCCCUAAGGUUAGGGGCAAGUUAUUGGAGGGCAAGUACUUCCCUCUGAUGCACAAUUUGUCCUGCCUCUUUGCUCUGCCAGAGACGUAAAUCUUUCUGGAAAUGUUAGAGCAAAGUCCCUUUAAACAUGUGGUUUCUUUCAGCAGCAGUUUUCAGACUGUGCUUUUUGAAUUGCUGGGCCAGAAGUUUGUGUUUCCAAUUGUCACUCUCUGAGACACUUUUCCAUUGUUAAUGCAGUCCCAGGCGCUUUACAGCCUGCUCUCUUUAUAGUCGUUCCACGGCCCUGCGUGCUGAGGUCCAGAUCUUUCCAUCACAAUUUGUGCUGUCAUUCUCCCGACGCGGCGCGAAGCCGCCGCCCGCGAGGGGACGGGGACUCGCGGCUCCCGCCGCUGCUUCCCACGGCACCGACCGCGCUCCGUGCGGGCCGUGCAGCAGCCCCAGCCCCAGCCCGGCCCGUCCGUGCCGCGGCUGCUCCUGCAGCCCCCGCCUCGCCGCUCCUCCGGCCGGGGAUGCCGCGGGCUCGCCCGGAGGUCGCGGCUCCCGGGUACCGUUACCGGCGGCUCCGCGGCAGCGGGCGGAGCGCGGCCUCCCGGCCCGGCCCUGCCCGCCGCACUGAGCCCCGCACCGCGCCGCGGGAUGUUCGCGGUGCCGCCCGGCCGCUGCCGCCCGUGACCCCGAGCCGCACGCCCGGCCGAGCACCAGGAGGAUGAUUCCUGUGACCGAGUUCCGGCAGUUCUCGGAGCAGCAGCCGGCGUUCCGGGUGCUGAAGCCCUGGUGGGAUGUGUUCACGGACUAUCUCUCGGUGGCCAUGCUGAUGAUCGGAGUGUUCGGCUGCACCUUACAGGUCAUGCAAGACAAGAUAAUAUGCCUUCCAAAGCGUGUCCAGCCUUGCCAGAACCAAUCUAAUAGUUCAAAUGUGUUUAACACAAUACCAGAUACCACCCCCCUUCCACCACUGAAGCCAUCCACCCCUCCAGCUACAGUUGAAAUGAAAGGACUCAAGACUGACUUGGACCUUCAGCAGUACAGCUUUAUAAAUCAGGUGUGCUAUGAACGGGCUCUGCACUGGUAUGCCAAGUACUUCCCUUACCUUGUCCUUAUACACACACUGGUCUUCAUGCUGUGUAGCAACUUUUGGUUCAAAUUCCCUGGAUCAAGCUCCAAAAUUGAACACUUCAUUUCAAUACUUGGGAAAUGUUUUGAUUCUCCCUGGACAACAAGAGCUUUAUCUGAAGUGUCAGGGGAAGACUCUGAAGAGAAGGAUAAUAGGAAGAACAACAUCAACAAGUCUAAUACUACUCAGCCAAGCACUGAAGGCACUUUGGUGAAGACACAGUCUUUAAAAUCAAUCCCUGAGAAGUUAGUUGUGGAUAAGGGAACACCUGGGGCAUUAGAUAAAAAAGAAGGUGAACAGGCCAAAGCACUGUUUGAAAAGGUGAAGAAAUUUAGACUGCAUGUUGAGGAGGGUGAUAUACUCUAUGUCAUGUACGUUCGCCAGACUGUACUUAAGGUAAUUAAGUUCCUUAUUAUUAUUGCUUACAACACAGCACUUGUCUCAGAAGUUAAUUUUACAGUAGUCUGUAACGUUGAUAUUGAAGACAUGACAGGAUACAAGAACUUUUGCUGUAAUCACACCAUGGCACAUCUGUUCUCUAAACUCUCUUACUGCUACCUGUGCUUUGUCAGCAUCUAUGGCCUGACAUGCCUUUACACACUGUACUGGCUGUUCUACCGUUCACUGAAAGAAUAUUCCUUUGAGUAUGUUCGGCAGGAGACGGGAAUCGAUGACAUCCCAGAUGUCAAGAAUGACUUUGCUUUUAUGCUUCAUAUGAUCGAUCAGUACGAUCCUCUCUACUCCAAGCGCUUUGCUGUCUUCCUGUCUGAAGUCAGUGAAAAUAAGCUGAAACAGCUGAACCUGAACAACGAGUGGACUGCAGACAAACUGCGACAGAGGCUGCAGACAAACUCCCACAGCCAUUUGGAGCUACAGCUUUUCAUGCUUUCUGGACUACCAGACACAGUGUUUGAAAUUACUGAGCUGCAGUCUUUAAAACUUGAAAUAAUUAAUAAUGUAAUGAUACCAGCAACCAUUGCACAGUUGGACAAUCUCCAGGAGCUCUCAUUGCACCAGUGCUCUGUGAAGAUCCACAGUGCCGCCUUGGCUUUUCUGAAGGAGAAUCUCAAGAUCUUGAGCGUCAAGUUUGAUGACAUCAGAGAGCUUCCACAUUGGAUGUAUGGCCUCAGAAAUUUGGAAGAGCUCUAUUUAAUUGGUUCCCUAAGUCAUGAUAUUUCUAAAAACAUUACACUGGAGUCUUUUCGGGAGCUAAAAAGCCUAAAAGUUCUUCACAUAAAAAGUAAUUUGUCCAAAAUCCCACAAUCUGCAGUUGAUGUUUCGAGUCACCUGCAGAAAUUGUGUAUCCAUAAUGAUGGCACUAAGUUAGUGAUGCUCAACAACCUGAAGAAAAUGGUCAACUUGACACAGCUGGAAUUGGUUCAUUGUGAUUUAGAGCGCAUACCUCAUGCAGUCUUCAGCCUUCUCAGUCUUCAGGAAUUGGAUCUAAAGGAAAACAACCUCAAAUCCAUUGAAGAAAUCGUAAGUUUUCAACAUCUGCGAAAGCUGACAAUUCUCAAGCUGUGGUACAACAGUAUAACCUACAUCCCAGAGCAUAUAAAGAAGCUCACGAGUCUAGAGCGGCUUUCCUUCAGCCAUAACAAAAUAGAGGUUCUUCCGUCCCACCUAUUCCUAUGCAACAAAAUCAGAUACUUGGAUUUGUCUUACAAUGACAUUCGCUUUAUCCCACCUGAAAUAGGAGUUCUUCAGAGUUUACAGUACUUUUCCAUUACUUGCAACAAAGUGGAGAGUGUACCAGAUGAACUGUACUUUUGCAAAAAACUUAAGACUCUGAAAAUUGGGAAAAAUAACUUGUCAGUCCUUUCACCUAAAAUUGGUAAUUUGACAUUGCUCUCCUACUUGGAUAUUAAAGGCAAUCACUUUGAAAUCCUUCCACCUGAGCUCGGUGAGUGUAGAGCUCUGAAGAGGACUGGUUUCACUGUAGAGGACAACUUGUUUGAAACUUUGCCUUCUGAUGUCAGGGAGCAAAUGAAAGCUGAAUAACCUCUUGCUCAGUUUUACAGAAAUAACACUUCUACCAAAAACGUCUAGAGAAUGCAUACUCUGAAUAUGCAUUUAAUUUGUCGUUAUUUUUUUCUUUUUCAAAUCCUUUCUGUACAAACAAAUUUGGAGUAAGGAGUACAUAUAUUUUUAAAUAAAAUUUUCUCAUAUUUUUUCACUGUUUUAAGAUAUUUUUAGUUUGUUUUGUCCUGAGAAGAAGGGCAUCUGUAACUUAAUUUUUACUGGUAAAAGUAAAUGAUUUUGUCUGCUGGUUUUUCUUUCCAUUUCCUAAUCCCACCAGGGAAACUGUGUUUAAGAUGUAUGCUUUGGGUUGCAUAGUUUGUAAUAGAUAAUUAUAUUGUCUUCCCAGUUAUUGUUAAUCCCUUGGGACAUGGUCUUCAACAGGUGGUGCUGCAGGUGUUGAAUGCCUUUGUUUCCUCUUUUCUUCAGUGGCAGUAGAAGGUGUUCAACAUCUAACAAGAUCAAAUCUAGGCUGACAAUCUCUUUUUACUUACAACAGGGUUUUCUCAGAUGGUCUAAGCAAGUAGAAAAGGUUCUUUAUGUAUUUUAACAGGUGAGAGGGAGCAUGCAGAACUCCUUCAGGGCCUGUUGGCCAUUCAGUCUGGCUGCCCGUUCACACAGUGCACUGAGCAGGAGGCACUCACUGUGAUUUCCUCUCUGCUGCAGGAAGAGUAAGGUCACAGUUCACAGUGGAAUCAGGACCAAAGUGACUCAUAUUAAAGGUUUUCCUAACAGUGCAAGGGGAUGUGGCUGCCCAUUUCCUCCUGACUUGAGUGGAAGGGGUGCAGUGAACUCACUGUAUUGGAAAUGUCAACUCAGCAAGAUGAAAUGCUAUCUUGAAAAACCCCAUUCUCCCUUAAACACCAGUGCUGCAAGAGAGAAAGUGCCCUCUGCCCCCUCAGCCCACUUCCCACCGAAUUGCUUUGCACCUUCUAGGAAUGGGAUCCAGAAAAAGUGCAAUCAUACUUAGUUUGUAAAGCUUCUGAUGAGUAAAUAGCCUCUAAUAUGCUCCUUGAUUUAGCCUGGGUAGCAUAAAACCAAGCUCAGCACAGGAACAUUUGCAGAUUUGCAAAAAUGAGAUCAAAUUAAUACAUUAAUUUCUCACAAGUCUCAUCAUCAAGGACAGAGAUGAAGGCUAUGUUUUCAUCUCCCAGAGGGUAAUUAAAUUGUAAAUCCUACGGUUGGAAUUUUGCUUUUUACAGUAAUGUAAUCUCCAAUGAUUGUGCAUCAGGUUGGGAACUUUAUCCUCUGAAGCCAUGUUCAGCUGUUUAUUUAAUCCAGCCAUUUGAUUUCUUUCAGUCAGGUUUUAAAGGGAUGUGCUGCUCACAAGCUAAUUUAAGCUAAUCAAAAGUAGUAAAAUAUUUUGCUGGGAGGAGAUCUCUUCAUUGUAUCCAACAACACAUAUUUGAGUCAGAUGCAGGCACUUGAUAAAUGUUUCACAAGAAAUCUAGGAAUAAGUCCUUAUUUCUCUAGAAGGCAAUGAUGUUCAUAAAUUGCAGAGGUUGAAUUGCUGUUUGUUCAAAUUUAUGUAAAAUAUUUGACAGUUGUCAGAUUGGUUGCUCUUACAUGUUUUCUAACUGCCAUUGUGUGUCUUGAGCUACAGUUACUCUGAGUUCUUGAGCUUGGUACAAAAGCAUGCAGUUGGUUUAAGAGAUAACUUACAGAGGUGGGGAGACAAACUGCAGUGAGAACUUCCUCAUUAAUCCAGGGUGUGCUGUGCAGUUUGGUGUGUGAGCUUGCCACAGUACCAGGUCAGACUUAUUUUUUAUGCUUGGCUGUGUUCUGGAGAGGAUCCAGAUUAAUCAAAACUGGGUCAGGCAUGAAGGAAUCAAAUCAAGCUUUUUUUAAGGGGUUUGAUUUAGUUCUAUAUAAGACCUGUAUUUGAUGUAGCUAUCAUAAGACCUACCCUUAACUUUUGUGUGGAAUGCACUUACUGGAACAGCUUGGCAGUAUAUAUAUUCUAAAUGUAUUUCACUUUGAUGUUAUGUGAGGAAGAGAAACAUUUCAUUGGUCAUAUUAACCUAAUUAUGUAAACCAAAGUGCUGUUGUCCCUGAUGAAUGUAAACUGUUUGAAAUGUCCAGGUAACUGGUGGAGCUGUAUAAUUCUCUUACUUAGAUUUUAAAUAUGGGAUUACAUUUGAAGUUUUUUUUUUUAAAGUCUUUAUAUUCCUAGAUGUAGCAUUUUAAACCCCUAAUUUAUUUUGUGUGUAAUACUGUUUCAUGUGUAGUUUGUGGUCUUGUUUCUGAAUGGAAGUUGUGCACACCUCAUAACUGAAGGUUGGAGACGUGUUCUAUGCCAUUUUUGUAAAUACAUCACUUAGGGGAUGUGGGGGUUUGUUUGUAACUGAUGAUAUUUAUACCAGUGCAACCCCUCAUGUGGACACAGUUACAUGAGUAUAAAGUGCCUUGUGCUGGCAUAUCUUUAUUCACUUUGCUAGGAAUAAACUAUACCAGUCUAAGCACUUUCACACUAAUAACUGUAUCUUCUCCAAGGAUUUGGUGAGCUGAGGCAGCAUCCUCAGUCUGACAGCUCACUGUCACCAAAAAGGGGCAGCUUCCUCCUCCUCCCAUGCUCCCUAUUCCUGCCAACACGUUCCAGCUGCUUCUCAUGUACCUUUACAGGUCUGGUGCUGGUCUGGUUGCUCUACAGGAUAAAUCAACCUUUUAAGCCAGCAGAAAACUAUGCCAGUCUAAAAGGACUAAUUUUCUGCUGGAUCAGCUCUAAAGGAUUGGAUGGACACUAGGAUGGGAGUAACAAGGGGACAGGACUCUGCAGCUAGGAUCUGUACAAGAAGAAGGCAGUGCAAGUCCCUUUGGAGAUGCUAGGUCAGUUCAUCAUCUUGCCAAGCCACGUGCUUGGAGAACUGUGCUGUUUUAUGUAUAGCAGGGUUGGGCAGCUUGGUGUUUGUGAGUAGACAACCCUCAGGCUCACAGUGGAUGAUAUAAUACCACAUUACUGUUAAUUUCAUAAUGAAACAAACUCAGGUAGCUGCACUGUUGACUUUUCUAAACCUCUUACUGUCUAUUCUGGGGUGUAUUUUCCAAACCCAUAUUACAGUAGCUUAGGAAUGAGUCAGCUGAUGGAAGAUUGUUUCCUAAUUCUCUAUAACAUCCAGGAAAAUAUGUAAAAGUGCCAUAUUUACUCAGUGAAUCAUGUACUGCUCAUAUGUAUAUUCACAUGUGAUUCAUACUAGACUUUUCUGUGACCAAUAGUAUUUGACUUAAAGUGGAUGGACAUUUUGUGGACAAUACUUUAGCACGCUUUGUAUAUAUACAAAGAGUUUCUAUAACUACUUAUAUUAAUCAGGUGCCUAACAAGUACGACAGUUCCAGAAUUUAAGCAAGGCAUUUUUUCAUUAUUGCUGAAAAAUAAUAAAAAUCUUCCUUGGUAACAGAAUUAGAGAUGACAAAGAUUGCAUCAGAAGUAAGAAGACAACCUUCAUAGCACAUUAAGCCUGACAAGCAAAUCUUUGUGAUCAAAAUCUGGAGAUGUUCAUCUCCCCCUUUGUCAAAAUUAGGAUGGAUAUUUGUGCUGACCUCGUGCAUCCAGCCAGACCAACAACUUUUGCAAAUUCUGAUUGGAAAACGCCUGCUCCAAGUCUUAUAUCACUUUUCUGGCACGUCAGUAAUUCAUGUGCUUAAGUGGUGACAAGUCCUGCAGGAAUGCCAAGAAAAAACUUUGAAAUUUGACCAAAUGGACAAACUUAAUUCUGUAGCAAGAAUUGUAAUAUCAUAAUAGACCUGCAUAGUGUUACAUUGCAAUAUAGUACACCCAGAAAAAACAGAAAUAAAAUGCUCUUUUGUAAUAAUGA